ACCAGGAACAGCUGGAUGAGGAGAUAAACAACCUCCGGAAGGAGCUGCGAGUGAAGGUCAACCGCCUCUUUGAAGCUCAAGGCAAACCCGAGCUGAAGGGCUUUAACCUGAACCCCAUGACUGCUGAGGAGAUGAGGCUCAUCAACCGCAUCCUGGAGGGCUGA